CCCCCAGCCAACUUCCCUCUUGCAGCCACUGCACUGACUUCAUCUGGGGAUUUGGGAAACAAGGAUUUCAAUGCCAAGUUUGCUGUUUUGUGGUUCACAAGAGGUGCCAUGAAUUUGUUACCUUUUCAUGUCCUGGUGCAGACAAAGGGCCUGACACAGAUGAUCCCAGAAGCAAACACAAGUUUAAGAUCCACACAUAUGGAAGCCCAACAUUCUGCGACCAUUGUGGAUCAUUGCUAUAUGGACUUCUACAUCAAGGGAUGAAAUGUGACACUUGCGACAUGAAUGUUCACAAACAAUGUGUAAUAAACGUCCCAAGUCUGUGUGGAAUGGAUCACACAGAAAAAAGAGGAAGGAUUUUUCUGAAAGCUGAAGUCACUGGUGACAAACUGCAAGUCACAGUACGAGACGCAAAAAACUUAAUCCCUAUGGAUCCAAAUGGACUUUCAGAUCCAUAUGUGAAGCUGAAACUUAUUCCUGACCCUAAGAAUGAGAGUAAACAAAAAACAAAAACCAUCCGUUCAACUCUAAACCCACAUUGGAAUGAGUCAUUUACAUUUAAAUUGAAACCUACAGAUAAAGAUCGACGGUUAUCUAUAGAAGUUUGGGACUGGGAUCGAACUACUAGAAAUGAUUUCAUGGGAUCUCUCUCAUUUGGGGUGUCAGAGCUUAUGAAAAUGCCAGCGUAUGGAUGGUACAAGUUGCUUAACCAAGAAGAAGGUGAAUACUACAAUGUCCCAAUUCCAGAAGCUGAUGAUGAUGGAAAUGUAGAACUCAGGCAGAAAUUUGAGAAAGCCAAACUUGGGCCAGCUGGUAACAAAGUCAUUACUCCAGUAGAAGACAGAAUUUCCAGCAUACCAUCCAAUAAUCUGGACAGCGUGGAGCUGACAGAUUUCAAUUUUCUCAUGGUGCUUGGGAAAGGAAGCUUUGGAAAGGUGAUGCUGGCAGACAGGAAGGGGACGGAGGAGCUGUAUGCAAUCAAAAUAUUGAAAAAAGAUGUGGUGAUUCAGGAUGAUGAUGUGGAAUGUACCAUGAUUGAGAAACGAGUCCUAGCACUGCAGGAUAAGCCGCCGUUCCUAACACAGCUGCAUUCUUGCUUUCAAACAGUUGAUCGUCUGUACUUUGUUAUGGAGUAUGUGAAUGGUGGUGACCUCAUGUAUCACAUUCAGCAAGUAGGAAAAUUUAAGGAGCCACAGGCAGUGUUUUAUGCAGCUGAGAUUUCAGUGGGUCUAUUCUUUCUCCAUAAAAGAGGAAUUGUUUAUAGGGAUCUGAAAUUAGAUAAUGUGAUGUUGGAUUCAGAAGGACACAUAAAGAUAGCAGAUUUUGGAAUGUGCAAAGAAAAUAUGACAGAUGGAGUAACAACCAGGACCUUCUGUGGCACUCCAGACUACAUUGCACCAGAGAUUAUUGCUUAUCAGCCCUAUGGAAAAUCAGUAGAUUGGUGGGCCUAUGGUGUGCUGUUAUAUGAGAUGCUAGCUGGUCAGCCUCCAUUUGAUGGGGAGGAUGAAGAUGAACUCUUCCAGUCUAUAAUGGAGCAUAAUGUUUCCUAUCCUAAAUCGCUGUCCAAAGAAGCUGUUUCUAUCUGCAAAGGGUUAAUGACAAAGCACCCAGCAAAAAGGCUUGGCUGCGGCACGGAGGGGGAGCGAGAUGUCAGGGAGCAUGCAUUCUUCAGAAGAAUCGACUGGGAAAAACUGGAGAACAGGGAGAUUCAACCACCAUUCAAGCCUAAAGUGUGUGGCAAAGGUGGUGAAAACUUCGACAAAUUCUUUACUCGAGGACAGCCAGUGUUAACACCACCUGAUCAACUGGUCAUUUCUAAUAUAGACCAAACAGAUUUUGAAGGGUUCUCCUAUGUCAACCCACAGUUUGUACACCCUGACUUACAAACUGUACUAUGAAACUGAUAAAUAUGAACAAACCACACAGUGGGAACUGGUCCUCCUUUCCCUAGAAUUUUUAGGCCUUUGCCUUGUUGGUUCCAGUUUGGCCUGAAAAUUGUAGGGUUAAAAAUAUAGGAGGAGGGGUGGAAAAAAGGACAUUUGUUGAGGAUUUGGCUUUGCAACAAAGAGAAGUCAUCUUAGUAGGAUCUUAUGUAAUAUACAGUGCCCAUUUAUUGACCUAGAAGUCACUACUGGCUGUAGAGUACUCUUAUAAAGUUAGCCGUUUUGGUACAUUUUAAUAUAUUUGCAUAAUUUCUAUUGUCCUUUUCCCCCCUCACCUUCAGCACUGGAAAAAGCAUAUUAGAAAGAAUGUAACAGCAUCCAUAGACUGAAAAAAAAAACACCUUAAAAUGGAAGUCUUCAGCCUUUAAAUGUGGAUAGCAUGAAAUGUGGGCAGUAGGCCCUUUUGGUCUUUCUGAGGACUUCUGAUGGAAGGAAAGCACAAGUAACUGAAUGGCAGGAUCAUUGGGGGGAGGGCACUGUAUAAGAUUGUUCAAAACGAGAUGUUUCAGAAUAAUUAAUUUUAGUAAAUGAUGGAGAGGUACUGGGUUUGGGUUUUUUUUUUAAUGAAAUAAAGUCAGACUUCUGGGCUUUGAGACUUAAUAGCACAAAACAGAGACAAAUUUAAACAUUUUCAGUAGCAGCCAGAUAUUUAGGAAUGACGGUAACUAGCACUCAUGAAAAUUUUAGCUCAAGGAUAAAAUUACGUAUUUAAUAAUAAUAAUAAUAAUAAUAUAAAAAUAAUGCUUGUGUUAACUAUAAUCUCUAUGAGAUUAUUCUGUGAUCCGGGGUGCCAUUGUUAGUUAUAUUAAUUUAAGUUACACGACUACUCAAGUUCAUUGUUAGCCAGUUCUUCUAAUAACAAUAUUUUGCUAUAAAAUUUUUGUUAACCAGUGUGUGAAACAGAACUGUAGCUCCUUACAACUCACCCACACUUACUGAUUUAGUAGGCUGCAGAAUAGGGUAGUAGAGGAGAACACUGUGUACAGUAAUUUAAAGAUAGUGUGGAGUUCUGAGUCACUUCCUGCUUUCCCCCAGGUAACACAGGAAAAUUUUAGGGGGAUUUUUUUGUCAAAUUUCCACUUUAAAUAUUGUUUUAAAACUCAUGGAGAAGUGGAAUAUUGGAGCCUCAAGAAAAAGCAGUUAAAUAUUGAUUGGAAGAAGGGAAUUUAAUACAUUUUGCAUCUGCUUCAUGCAAUGAAUUUUGCAUGUUUAAUAAUAACCUUUAAUAAUAAGCAAAUCUAUUAUUGACAUAAUCGUAUCAAGUAUAAAGAGAGUAUUAUUAAAAAUUAAGACAAAAUUGUGCUAUGUUUGUGAAGGUUCUUGUUCUGAAUGAGCAUUAUAAUUUAGAUUUAGCUUAAUGUUUUAUUGUUAAUUUUUUGUUUGGCUUUGUUUUUUAUUUUAGUUUAUGGAUAUGGUCAAUGGGGUAGGAUAUACUA